AAAGACACUUUUAGCCUUCCGUGAGAUGAGGUGGAGGCUUCAAUUUUUUGUUUUAACCCACUCAUCAUGGUGAAUCUCUAUAUAUUAGUGUGUACGAUGUAGGAUAGGAUGUCUUUGUCAUGGUUGCAAAGAUGAUUUUUUUAUUUUUAUUUUUAUAUUAUUUCCCGCUAGCUAAGGGACAGGGCAGGAGGGCCUGAGGGGGGCUUAAAUUAAAGCGAAUGAUGUUAUGUUAUUCCUCAAAGAAAUGGAGAAUCUGCCGUUGGAAAUAGGUCUGGAGAUCCUCUCCAGGCUCCCAAUCGCUUCUCUCAUCCGACUCAAAUCGGUCUCCAAAUCCCUCCGUUCCGUAGCCGAAAACCCUCGACUCCGGCCCCUGUACCUAGCCCACGCCAGCCGUCGAGACCCAUCCAUCCUCCUCCAUUCCCACGGCGGCCAGCUCCACCGGCUCGUCCUCGCCGACGACGCCACCAACGCAGUACUAAUUAGGAUCGGCGACGACCAAGACUUCACCAAACUUGCCCCCGCUGGAUCCUGCAACGGCUUCUUGUUAUUGUGCAACUCCGAUGCUGCUGCCGCAGCCGACAAUGAUACCACUUCUUCUUCUUCUUCGUGGAGUAGUGCUGCUGCCCCGCCGGUUUGCCUCUGGAACCCAUUGACGGGACACCAGAUCCAGCUGCCCCCCGCGCCCACGGCCGCCGGCUUCCCCGAACCACUGCACGCGGCGGUGGGGUUGGGUCCCGAUCCAACCACCUCGGCGCCCAAAAUCGUCCGAAUCCUCUACUACAACCGCCCCACUAUGUUCGGGUUCGUCUGGACUUCACAGGUUCAGGUACUCACCGUCGGCGGCGCGUGGAGAGAGAUGGGGAGGUCGGUGUGGAAUCUGAAACCAGGGCCAUCGGAAGCCACCUUACAGCUGGCAAACACUGCAGCUCUCCACUGGCUCACUCUGGGUCUAGGACAGGGCAGCAGCAGCAGCGCAGUAAAGAUUGUUUCGUUCGAUUUGAGGGAAGAAAUGUUUCGUGAAAUUGCUUUCCCGGCCACAUGCUUCGAGGGCUUGGGCCGGGACCGCUACACUAUCUCCCACCUGGCGGAGCUCUCCGGUCGCCUGUCCGCGGUGGUCUCCGGUCCUCCCGACCACGAGGCAACAACUCCCCUCGAGGUGUGGGCGAUGAAGGAGUACGGCGUGAAGGAGUCGUGGGCCCGAGAUUUCGUCAUCGGGAACCAUCACUUGCCUCCGUCCCUGAUGAAUCCGACGUCGUAUGAAGGAGGAGCCGUUCGAGUGCUGUGUAGAAUCAGGAGCAAUACUACUUCUACUAGGGUGGUGUUUUUGGUGCAGUUCGCCCGCGGCGGCUUGGCUUCCUACUGUCCUGAGAAUCAAGAGCUCAAGGAACUUGUGGUGGUCCCUGUGCUUCCACGAUUCUUCUCGGCGGCGCUUCAUUUGGAAAGCAUGUGAAGAAUUAUUCUUUAGCUUGGUUUUGUUUGAUUUGGGAGCCUGAUCAGAUGUUCUAAUAAUGAAAAGAAGUGUUUCCAAAAGCAUCGCACCCACCAAUCCCAGAAUUCCGCCAGCAGCGCUCUGCAAUUAAGAAUUCAGUAGACAAGCACCAAAACUCAGACUCUCUGCAUAUAGAGCAGCAGAUGGACAAAGAAACCAGACAAAAAGUUUUUUUUUCUUUUACGACAACAGAUGGUAUUUACCAUGGCAGGACUGUGGCCAAACAAUGCUCUGAAUGCUGCAUAUCCAACUAAAUAUCCAGUGAACAUGGUGAGACCAACGUGCAGACAUGUAGAGAGUUGGUUCAAGAAUGAUGAUAAAUAAUUCUGUAAUUGCAUAAAUCCUCCCAAGAGAGAGUUUUCCUACUUUCUCAUAAGAACUCAAAAUUUGUGCAGUCAUUAUAAUGAACAUGAUUCAAUUAUGUAUUCAGAUAACAAGUAUAUUAAUGGAACAGACUAAGAUCAAGUUCAUCUAUUACUUAACAUAAGUAUCCUAUUUCUCUAACAAACUAAUUUUGUUGACGCGAUAAACCACAUUGAUCAACUUUCUUUCUAAAUUUGGAUUUGCACCAAGACAUCAAUAACGGAAGAUCAAAUGUGAACUCUUUAAGUACACUAUACCAAAGCCGAGCUGAUCCUUGUAAGAAGAGAAGGGUUCAGUUGUUUCCUUGCUCGGAGUGAUAUCCUUGACUAGCUCCUGAUAGGCAUUUCUCUCAGCCAGUUCCUCAAGUUUUCUCAAUCUCGCCUUUAGUUCUUCGCCCUAAAGCUAAAGGAGGUUAAUUUACAGCAAUACAGAUGCAUGGCUUCAAAACACUAAUAAUGUUUGGAGAGAUAAAGUAACGAAACCAUCUGCUAAAGAAUGAAUUCAAAUCCGCAAA